CCCACCCAACCACCCCCAAAUUGCUCCAGCUUCCCCUGUUUACCUUUGAUUAUUUCGUAUAGUGCAAAUGCAUAUUCCGCCGACCUUUCCCGGAUAAUGUGAGGCAGCAUGGUCGAUGUUACGCAAGGGACUUCGCGUGGCAUUCGGAAACCGCGCAAAUCCCGCGGCCGUGGAUUGCGGGCCACCACCGGCUGUCUGAUCUGCAAGAAGCGUCAUGUCAAAUGCGACGAGGCUCGCCCACAAUGCGGUCCGUGUGCCAAAGGCAAACGUGAUUGUGUUUAUGGCACCACAAGUCAACCCCAAACCCCCAGUUCGGGGCCCAAUACUGCCCCUGUCCUCGCCAUCCAUCAGCCACCCUCAAUAGAGCACCGGCCAGCGCAAAGUCAGUUGCAUGAGCCUUUGCAGGUGCUGGUUGAUGCCUGUCAGCAUCAGCGACCCGCGCCCGAAACACGCCCCUUGGCUCACGCUGCCUCCAUAUCAGCAUCUUCAGGUGUGCCGCCGGGCCAGACACUGACCCCUGCCUUCGCACCCCCUCACAGUAACCAUCUCACAUCUCCAACCUCGACUCACGAUCUAGCCCCUUCUCCUGCAACGGAUUCUUCGGUUUCCACGAGGCUGGCGCCUCUCAGCUGGUUUGAGCUACUGGCGGACGAUGCGGUCAACGCGGAUCGAAGCCUUGUCUUGUCCCCUGCCCCGGGUUCCUCACACCGACCAGGGGACCAUCCCACAGGAUUGGUCUCUCUCGACAAUCUCCUCCCACGCUCGAAAAGGGAGUAUGAAAGCUUCCAGGCGGCAGCCUUCAACCGCGACCCAGAGCUCGAGAACCGAAUUCCCGCAUCAAGCACAGACGAGCAGCCCGUUCACUUGCACGAUCACCCUUCCUCGUGGUCAACGCCGGCUCCCAUUGAGUUGACGGAACUAGAGCACCUGAUAUUCAAUCACUUCGUGCGAAAUAUGGGCCGCUGGUUCGACUUCUACGACCCUGGGAACCACUUAUCUUCUAUAGUGCCUCAAUUGGCUGUAAGGAAUCUAGGCGUUAUGAAAGCGCUCCUGGCCCUGGCAGCGCGCCACCUGUCGAUUUGGCAUGUGCAAAAGGACCGAGGACGUGGUGCUGGGUUCAUCAUACCUGGUUCGUUUAAAGGUUUCGGGGAUUUCCCCGUCGUCGAUCGCCAUCUUGCCGUCCAAUACUACUACGAAACCUUGAAUUAUCUCAAUAAGGCCAUGCAGUAUCCGAGCUAUGCCUCGAGUCGAGAGCUCAUAUCCACUGCCUUGCUCAUCAGCACUUACGAGAUGGUCGAUGGAUCUAACAGUGACUGGGAGCGCCACUUGAAAGGAGUGUUCUGGAUUCAACGGUUUCAGAACAAUAACGGUGAUUGUGGUGGUCUCCGUCAAGCGGUGUGGUGGAGUUGGUUGCGACAAGAUGCUUGGGUCGCCAUGCGCCAACGCCGGCGUCUCUUCAGUUUCUGGAAACCCCAGCGGCCCAUUUCCUCCCGGACCGCCCCCGAGCUAGCUUGCUUUUCCAUGUAUUUGCUUGCCCAAUGCAUUAACUACGCCUCACACGAAGAAACGACGACCAAUGACAUCCAAAGCCGGCUGGAGAGGGCUAACGAGCUACUCUGCAUGCUGCAGGAGUGGCAGGAUCACCUGCCAGCGGAAUUCAGUCCCCUUCCCACUGUACAGUACACAGAUGUCUUCCCACCCAUAUGGGUUCAUCCUCCCCCAUACGCGGCAGCCCUGCAAAUACACAGUCUCGCUAGAGUCCUCGUGAUCGCCCAUCGCCCCUCGACCGGCGGCUUCGAGGAUUACCAGGCCGGGCAGAAGAUGCUGAGGACCGCUUUGAACACUAUAUGCGGCAUUGCGCGUACCGUAAUGGAGGAUGAUUCUGCUGCGGCGCUCACAGCGCUUCAGUGUUUAUUUGGGGCGGGAAAGAGCGUGCACGCCCCUCGAGAACGAGCAACACUACUGGAGCUUGUUGAUAAGUUUGAGCGAUUACUGUGCUGGCCCAGUUACUCGCUUCGGAAGACCCUCGAGACGGAGUAUGCCAAAGAUGGGCUGCCCGGGUUCGCGGGAUGAAGAUCCGGUUUUGCCCUCGGCAAACUACCUAAUCUAUCGACAUGGCCGAUCCUCGGCUAAUCCACUCCCCCACAUCGGUUACGAAUAAGCAUGCGCCGCCAUGAGCAUCUGAGGGGGAGACCCAUUCCAUUAGAAGACGAAAUCGAGGUCCGAUUAUCUGAUCGCGUGGUUGGACCUGCCUUUCGUCCAAACGCAUUUCUGGGGCAUAGUCCUGUUGUGUCAGACAGAAGCUUGUUAUUCUGCGCGAUUACCCUACGGCGACUCUCCAGGGCAUUAUCUGGAACCUGCGAAUCAAUCUUGAUAGUUCAAUGUAUACUAG